AUGGAACCGCCAGUCAACUGCAGCUACCCUCACUUCACCGACCGUGUAAUUCGUCCUGUAGGGGCGGAGUCCCUCCACCUCACCCUUGCGGCGAUCGGGAUCCUCGGCAACGGCCUCGUCUUUAUUCUCUUCCUACGCCUGCCCAUAUUGCGAGUGAACACCACAAAUAUCUUCCUCUUCAACUUGGCAAUCGCGGACUUCUGCAGCUCGGUGUUCCUGGCGAUCCGGCCGUACGCAUUCGCUCUCAAUCCGGAGAAUAUAGUCUGGAACGAGUUAGUGUGUCGCUUCUUCAAGUCAGAUUUCCCUCUCUGGACUUGCGUAACUGCCUCCAUAUACAACCUCCUCCUUGUGACGUUCGACCGGUACCUGUGCGUCGUCAAGCCGUUUAUAUACCGUCGAUACUUCACUGUGCCGAGGAUCCGACUAAUGGUCGCACUCUGUUGGAUCUUUUCCGCCAUUUUGGAGACAUUUUGUUUCUACAGCACUCGCGUGAACGCCUGCGGCCGUUGUGAGAUUUACUGGUCUUCCGUCACAUUACAGAUUGUCUGUGCUUUCGGUGUGUUCUUCACCACCUAUCUAUUCCCGACAGUCGUCAUGCUCUUCGUGUACGGGAGAAUUGUAAAGACCCUAAAGGAGCGAGAGGAGGCUCUGAAGAACCAUCAACAGAGGGCAGCAGCCGCUAGCCUACUCCGUACCCGUCGUAACAUCGUCACCAUGCUUCAGCUUCUAGUCCUCAUGUUCGGUCUCCUCUGGGCUCCAAACCAGAUCCUCUUUCUGGUCAUCAGCUUUCCAGGCGUCACCGCUGACAUCGAAAGCAUUGGUUACACCAUCCUCGUUGCAGUGGGAUUCCUGAACUGUGUUGUAAACCCCUUCGUUUACGCCUUUAAAAACCCCAAGUUCAGGAAGGGGUUCAUCACCGUUAUCUGCUGCCGUCGUGGACACUCUAUUUCCCCGUCUGAUUUCAACGGCAGCGGCGGUGAUGACUCUCUUACAGUGAACUCCAACAAAGUUACCGUCUCUGUAGUCAAACAAAGUGCUAUCGUUGCGUCCCAGAAAGAAUUUGCAGGGCAGUUGAACCACGUUCGUUUCGAAGACCAGAUGGAAAUACAGGGACGGCCCCCAUCAGUUAAAACUGAUAGAGCGUCUGACAUUCUAGAAGAGUAG